AGUUGGCUGUGUAGGGCCAGGACCGCACAAGCUGCGCUCGUAUGGCCACCAAACAGGGCCGGAUGACUCAAGCUAAGCAUAGUGGUAUCCUUAAAGGCGGGAUAGCCAGCAUUUGCGUGCUGCUAUUUUUGAGGCUUGGCUCUCGCCCAGCAUGGCUUUUCGCCAACGGGACAAACGCUGGCCGCUUCAGAGGGCACAACAAUGAAGGAUUGGAGCCUGGGCAUCGAGCAAGAGGAUCAUCCAAGGCAGACAGAAGUUCCGCAUGGAGUGCCGCUCCUGUGGCUCCAAUGGCUCUUCUCGGCGGCGCAGCAGCUCGCCGCCGCCGGGCAAAAGGGCCCGCGCUGGCGGCAGCCGGCGAUGCCGAGAUGGCUGCCUCAGUCCCAGAUCAAGGUCCGAUGGCUGCCGCAGUCCCAGAUGAAGGUCCAGCAGACCCCGUAAAACGUGGCGGCAAUGACCCUAUCAAAUCUUUUAUGAGAAAGAUGUCCGAAGAUCCUGAAUUUCAGGAGGACAUCAAAACAUUCUUCACAUCAUUAACUGUGGCACUAAUGAUCAGAGGAUUUCUCGUGGAGCCUCGCUUCAUUCCAUCCCUUUCUAUGUACCCAAACUUCGACAUUGGAGAUCAGCUGACUGUCGACAAGAUCUCCAAGAAUUGGCGGGACUACCAACGAAGAGAUGUCGUUGUCUUCAAUCCGCCACCCAAAUUCAACGAGGUUGUUGGCGGCGACCGAUCUGGAGAAGCCUUGAUUAAGAGAAUUG